AAAAUGAAAAUCCGACAUAGGGUAUAAGCUAAGUUGACCAAGUACCAACGCGCCCCCGGGUACAAACAAAAUAGUCUUCAGUUGUCAUUUACCGGUAGGUGGCCUGAAGACGGUUUUAGUCUUAACUCUUCUCUUCGUCUCCAAACUUUUCCAGCGCAAAUUCAAUGGCGAUCUCUUCCACAAUCCCCUAACACCUCCUUCCCAUGGACAAGCCCAAGUCCCGCACCGCCGUCGAGCCCUUGGCUCUCUUCGAUCUCCCAACCCACCACCUUUCCAUAUGCUCCCUCUCUCUUUCCCAAUCCACCCUCUACAUUGGUACCCAAAACGGCUCCCUCCUUUUACUCUCCCUGAACCCUAACCCUAACCCUAACCCUAACCCUAACCCAAGCCCAAGCCCAACCCCAAAUCCGCCUCCAAUCGAAUCCGUUUCCUCCUCUUCCCUUUCCCGAAACGUUUCCCUUCUCCGCACUGUUUCCCUUUCUGACUCUCCCGUGGAAUCAAUAUUCGUUCUUGCCGAGAUCGACGUGGUUUUAGUAUUAUCCGAUGGGUUCUUGUUUCUAACGGAUUCGCUUUUGAUUCAACCCGUUAAAAGAUUAGGUGGUUUAAAAGGAAUUAGCGUUAUUGCUCGGAGAUUCCGAGGGACCCAUUCCCAAAGCACCGAUUUAACGGGUAAUUCAUCCAAUUUAUCAACAGGGCAACGGAUUUUGGAUAAAUUCGGAGGGGUUAGGGCAAAUGGAGUCAAAACAAGAGAAUUAGAGCAGAAUCGAGAAGGUGAUUACGUUUUUGCCCUUGUUAUUGGUAGGAAAUUGAUGUUAAUAGACGUUGUUUUAAGCAGUAGUUUUAUAAAUGCUUCUUUUGUAAUGCUAAGAGAAAUGCAUUGUUUUGAUGGAGUGAAGUCUAUGGUAUGGCUUGAUGAUUCCAUAAUUGUCGGUUCGAUUAAUGGGUAUAGUUUGUUUUCAUGUGUUACGGGGCAAAGUGGUGUGAUUUUUUCAUUACCCGAUGUAUCUAGGCCACCAUUGUUGAAGCUUUUUUGGAGAGAGUGGAAGGUUUUGUUGUUAGUGGACAAUGUAGGGGUGAUUGUUGAUUCACUUGGGCAGCCUGUUGGUGGGAGCUUGGUGUUUCGUAAGGGUGGUCCAGAUUCGAUUGGUGACUUGUCGUCAUAUGCAGUAGUUGUGAGGGAUGGGAAGAUGGAGCUGUACCAUAAGAAAUCGGGUAAUUGCAUUCAAGUAGUUACUUUUGGUGUUGAAGGAGUUGGGCAAUGUAUUGUUGCGGAUGAGGAAAACAGUAGUGGGGAACUUGUUGCUGUUGCUACUCCCACAAAGGUCAUUUGCUACCGGAAAGUGCCUUCAGAAGAGCAACUAAAAGAUCUGUUGAGAAAAAAGAAUUUCAAGGAAGCUAUCUCCUUGGUGGAGGAGCUCGAGUGUGAAGGUGAAAUAUCUACGGAAAUGCUUUCCAUUUUUCAUGCUCAAGUGGGCUUCCUGUUACUUUUUGACUUGCACUUUGAGGAAGCAGUGGAUCACUUUUUGCAGUCAGAAACAAUGCAGCCUGCUGAAGUAUUUCCAUUUAUAAUGAGAGACCCAAAUCGCUGGUCACUCCUGGUACCUCGAAACCGGUAUUGGGGUUUGCAUCCCCCUCCUGUACCUCUCGAAGAUGUUGUGGAUAAUGGGUUGUUGGCUAUUCAAAGGGCUAUUUUCCUCAGAAAAGCAGGUGUAGAAACUGUGGUUGAUGAACGUUUUCUAUCAAAUCCACCAACCAGGGCUGAAUUGCUGGAGUCUGCAAUUAAGAACAUUAUCAGGUAUCUAGAGGUGUCUCAUCAGAAAGAUUUGACUUUGUCAGUGAAGGAGGGGGUUGAUACACUUUUAAUGUACCUAUAUAGAGCCCUAGAUUAUGUUGAUGAUAUGGAGAAGCUGGCAUCUUCCAAAAAUUGCUGUAUUGUGGAGGAGUUAGAAACUUUAUUAGAUGGCUCUGGGCAUUUGCGGACACUUGCCUUCCUAUAUGCUAGUCAAGGGAUGAACUCAAAGGCUCUUGCUAUUUGGCGCAUCUUGGCAAGAAAUUAUUCCUCCGGUCUCUGGCAAGACCCUGCUGUGGAAAAUGGUGUACAUGAUGGAAGUGCAAGUGUAACAACUGGUAGGGAGACUGCUGCAACUGAGGCAUCAAAGAUUCUUGAGGAUUCAUCUGAUCAGGAUUUAGUUCUGCAGCAUCUUGCAUGGAUUGCAGAAAUAAAUCCAAUACUUGCAUUUCGGGUUUUGACAUCAGAAAAAAGAACAGAUCAGCUUUCACCAGAUGAAGUGAUUGCAGCAAUUGAUCCAAAAAAGGUUGAGAUUCUCCAACGGUACCUUCAGUGGUUAAUUGAAGAUCAAGACUCUGAUGACACUCGGUUCCAUACAUUCUAUGCUCUUUCACUUGCCAAGUCAGCUAUUGAAACAUUUGAUUCAGAAAGCAGCUCCCAAAGCCCUGAUGCUGGAAGGGAAGAGCAAGUGAAAACCAUUGAUAUUCAAAGAAAUUCUAUCUUUCAAAGUCCUGUGCGGGAGCGAUUGCAGAUAUUUUUACAAUCUUCAGAUUUGUAUGAUCCAGAAGAGGUCCUUGAUUUGAUAGAAAGCUCAGAGUUAUGGUUGGAAAAGGCUAUUCUAUACAGAAGAUUGGGACAAGAGACAUUGGCGCUCCAAAUCUUGGCCCUGAAACUAGAGGAUAGCGACGCAGCAGAACAGUAUUGUGCUGAGAUUGGCCGACCAGAUGCCUAUAUGCAGUUACUUGAUAUGUAUUUGGAUCCACGAGAUGGUAAAGAGCCUAUGUUUAAGGCUGCUGUUCGCCUUCUCCAUAAUCAUGGAGAGUCACUGGACCCUUUGCAAGUAUUAGAGACUCUGUCCCCUGACAUGCCUCUUCAGCUUGCAUCUGAUACAAUAAUGAGAAUGUUGAGAGCUCGACUUCAUCAUCACCGUCAAGGACAAAUUGCUCAUUAUCUAUCCCGUGCUGUACACAUUGAUGCAAGGCUUGCUAGAUUGGAAGAGAGAUCAAGGCUUGUGCAGAUUAAUGAUGAGAGCCUUUGUGAUUCUUGUCAUGCCCGCCUUGGAACCAAGCUUUUUGCCAUGUAUCCAGAUGAUACAGUUGUCUGUUACAAGUGUUUCCGUCGACAAGGCGAGUCAACUUCCAUCACUGGCCGUGAUUUUAAGCAAGAUGUCUUAUUCAAACCUGGAUGGCUGGUUACCCGCUAAGCCACAGGAAGAUAAUGACUGGUCGAAAGUUUGGGACACAAUGUUGUAUUGAUGCCAUGCUACUCUUAUUUCCUUGCUUCAGUCAUGGAUAAACUUCAUUGGCUAGCAUUUUGACUGGAAAUUCUGUGUAUACUGAAGUAAAGCCGAAACAGUGGCACUCCAUGGCUUUUGCAUUGUUUGGCUUAACAAUCUCAUUUCUUUUUACUCUUCACGCUUUUUUUUGGCCCUCCUCCACAAUAAAAUCAUAACUUGAUGAUUAUAUAUUAAUAUAUACAGUAUAAAAAAAAAGUAUGAAGUAAACAUAUUAAGAUAUGUUGUAGGAGAAUUUGGACUAUAAAUAGAAUGGUGGGGAAAGGCGUUCAAAUAAUGUUUGGAACAAUGAUAUACUAUAUUCUUACAUAGAUAUGUUUCCCAAUUUUGUAAAUAGCAAUGUUUUCAUACUUCCCUAUAAUGAACAAAGCAAUUUAUUUGAUGUUUUUAUA